CUGCCUACCUACCUUACUUCUAUCUCCUACCUACCUACCUCUACCUACCUCUACCUACCUACUACUAGAACCUUUCCUUAGGCCUCCCGCUUCCGUGCUACUUGUAAUAGGUACCUACCUACUUACCUGUUAUAUCUGACAUCGCGCCAUCAUCUUGUUACUUGCUUCGUCUCCUCUCCCUUGCCAUCCCUUUUCCUCAUUGAUCCCGGGCUCGAAUUUUUUGUCUUCUAGCGGUGCGCGCAUGGCAUAGGGAUAGAGUAGCCCUUGAUUGGCGCUUGCUUCCUCUCCUUGUUCAUACCUACCGACCCGGCGGACCUGGCCUGGGCCUCCCAAUCCCGACUUGACUGACGCCAUCGCCGACUUCCAUCAUCCUCAUCGCCUCUCGCCCGGUCCGUCGCCGUUGAUCCGGAAACAGCCUCGCCCUCUCCUCGCCAUGGCGUACGGCGGCUCUUAUACCGCCUCGUUCAACCCGGCCACGUCGAGCAGCGAGUCCUUUGGCAGCGGCCUCUUGGCCUCGUCCAUCUCCUCCCUGUCGUCGUCCGGCUCGAAGCGUAUCUCGCCCGUGUCCAAGACGUACCGACAAGCCUCGACCCUGUUCCUGACGCGUCGCCUGCCCGAGGCUCUCAGCACGCUGCGCCCGAUCAUCACACCGCCCAGCUCGGCCGACGAUGGCGAGCCGGUGCCCGUGGCCAAGUCGUCGCGAGGGACCCGGAUCAAGGUCUGGAGCCUGUACUUGACGCUGCUGAAUGCAAUUGUCGAGCUGGAGCCCGAAGAGGGCAAGGAGGCCUUUGGCAAUCAGGAGUGGAGGGCGCUGUGCACCAAGGUGCGGGAUGGCUCCAUCUGGGAGGAAGUGGUCAAGAAUGGCUACCACGGCGUCGAGGGUGAUGUUGAUGCGGACGUGGUGAUUAAUCUCGCGACGCUGCUGCUUGCGCAUGCCCGUGACCAGAGUCUGAAUCAGAAGAGGCUGGAAAACUUCCUCGCCUCGUCAAACAUUCCCAACCUUGAUCUCAACGACUUCACAGCGCCGUCGCGUCGCUACCAGUCUCCCGCUAGAAGAGCCAAUGGCGCGAAUACCCCGGGAGAUCUCAAUUCCCGCGUCAAGCUCCUGGAGCUCUAUACUCUCCAUGUCCUUCCCCAGAACAACGAGUGGGAAUAUGCUCGCGAAUUCAUCAACGUCAGCGCCGUGCUCGAUGAAGAGCGCAGAGAGGCUUUCUUGCAAGCCCUGCAAAGCCUGCAGGAGGAGCAAGAGGAGCACGAAAAACGAGAACGGGAAGAGCGCCAACGACAGGAGGAACAGCUGCAGCGGGACAUUGCCGAGGCGAAGCGGCUCAAGGCUGAGAACGAGGAGAAGGAACGGAAACGGCUCAACGAGGAGCGGCAGAUGCGAGAGACCAGCGAGGGCGACUACGGCAUCGAACAGACGCCCAGCUUUAGCGGAGUAGGGAGAGCACAGCCGCCGGGAUCGCCCCAGAACAACGUUGCGCGCCCUCCACGCCCGACGGGCAAGUCGCGAUCCAAGGCCGCGACUACGUCCGGGUCCACCACCAUCACGGCCCGGGCUACCAUGAUCCUGUCGCGGUUCCGAACCCUGUUUGAGAGCCUCGCCAGCUCAUUCAAGGGCAACCCGGCCGUAGUCAUGAAGCUGCUGGUCUUCACCAUGGGCCUGCUCGUCAUGCUGGGCCACAAGGCCACGAGACAGCGUCUGGAGCAGAUUGUGGGCAAAGCUUGGGCAAAAGUUGCCGCAACAGUGGGUAUGGGUACCAAGGUCAGUUACAUUUAAAAAGAGCGGACGCGGGCCCCGGGAGACUGUACACCAUUGAAUUCUUUAUAAUUAUUUUCCUUUGUCUGUAAUUCUCUCUGAGCUGCAUGGAGAUGGAGUUUUUUUUGUUGGAUACCUAGCUGGUAUUUGGCUGUACUGCAGUCGUCCCAAGUCCUCGCGGACACGAUAUAAUAUUAUGAUGAAUACGCCCUUUUGCUCUUGAUAGCUCUGUAGAUUUAAAGUCAUCUUGUAAAGCCUGGUAUA